AAUACGAAAAUAGUGAGUCCGUCCCUCUUUUAAAGAAACCAAUCUUAACCAGCCACCAUCAGUUCUUCGCAAAUCUCUCUCUGGUCAUCAUCUUCUCUUUCAGAGUCUCUUUAUAUUUCGGAGAUAUAUCCACCAAUAAUAUCUCUUUCCUUAAUUGUCUCAAAAAUAUAUAUAAAUUUCUCACCUCCUCCUUGUUUCUCAUUCUCCUCGUAGAUCUGGAUCCCAAAACAUUGUAAGUCAAUUCCCUUUCUUCUCAUUCUCAAUCAGAUCUCUAUAUUUUUCUUCUCUGGAUAUAACCUAUAUAUCUCCUUGUUAUUGUUAGACUGACUGAUAAAUAUGGCGAAUUACACACCGAAAAACAUCCUCAUUACUGGUGCUGCUGGUUUCAUUGCAUCACAUGUUGCCAAUAGGCUAAUCAGGAAUUAUCCUGAUUAUAAGAUUGUUGUCCUUGACAAACUUGAUUACUGUUCCAAUCUCAAGAACUUACUUCCUUCUCGGUCGUCACCUAACUUUAAGUUUGUUAAGGGAGACAUUGGAAGUGCUGAUCUGGUCAACUUCCUUCUUAUUACUGAGUCUAUUGAUACAAUUAUGCACUUCGCUGCCCAGACUCAUGUUGACAAUUCUUUCGGGAACAGCUUCGAGUUCACCAAGAACAACAUCUAUGGAACCCAUGUUCUUCUAGAAGCUUGUAAGGUUACUGGUCAGAUCAGAAGAUUCAUCCAUGUGAGCACAGAUGAGGUUUAUGGAGAGACAGACGAAGAUGCAGUCGUGGGAAAUCAUGAGGCUUCUCAGCUUCUCCCAACUAACCCAUACUCUGCAACUAAGGCUGGAGCAGAAAUGCUUGUGAUGGCUUACGGGAGGUCAUAUGGCUUACCUGUCAUAACCACCAGGGGAAACAAUGUGUAUGGGCCAAAUCAGUUCCCUGAGAAAUUGAUUCCAAAGCUCAUCCUCUUGGCAAUGAAAGGCAAACCACUUCCAAUUCAUGGGGAUGGAUCCAAUGUGCGCAGUUAUCUUUACUGUGAAGAUGUUGCUGAGGCUUUUGAGGUUGUUCUUCAUAAAGGAGAAAUUGGCCAUGUCUACAACAUCGGCACAAAGAAGGAAAGAAGAGUGAUUGAUGUUGUCAAGGAUGUUUGCCAACUGUUCUCUCUUGAUCCAGAGGCAGUUAUCAAGUUUGUGGAGAACAGGCCAUUCAAUGACCAAAGGUACUUCUUGGAUGAUCAGAAACUGAAGAAUUUGGGUUGGUCAGAACGAACUUCAUGGGAAGAAGGUUUGAAAAAGACUAUGGACUGGUACUUGAAGAAUCCUGAUUGGUGGGGUGAUGUUUCUGGAGCAUUAUUGCCUCAUCCAAGGAUGUUGAUGAUGCCCGGGAUUGAGAGAUUUUGUGAUGGGUCUGAAGAUAGCAAUGGCGUCUCCUCCAAUGCAGACAGCCUUGUUCAGAACAAAAUGGUGGAUCCAGUUCAAAAGACCACCAAUCCCCCUACUGCAGAACCAUCAUUGAAGUUCUUGAUAUAUGGUAGAACAGGGUGGAUUGGAGGCCUCCUUGGCAAGAUCUGUGAGAAACAGGGUAUAGCAUAUGAGUACGGAAGCGGGCGUCUGGAGGAAAGGUCCACGCUGGUGGCUGAUAUUCAGAAGGUCAAGCCUACUCAUGUUUUCAAUGCUGCAGGUGUGACUGGUCGACCCAAUGUUGACUGGUGCGAGGAUCACAGAACUGAGACCAUAAAAACCAAUGUUACUGGUACCUUGACCUUGGCAGAUGUUUGUAGACAGAAUGGAUUGCUGAUGAUGAACUUUGCUACUGGCUGUAUAUUUGAAUAUGAUGCUGAACACCCAGAGGGAUCAGGUAUCGGAUUCAAGGAGGAAGACACCCCCAAUUUCGCUGGUUCAUUCUAUUCAAAGACCAAGGCCAUGGUUGAAGAGCUGUUGAAGGAAUAUGACAAUGUUUGCACUCUCAGAGUCCGCAUGCCCAUUUCUUCAGACCUUAGCAACCCACGUAACUUCAUUACAAAGAUCAGCCGUUACAACAAGGUUGUUAAUAUUCCAAACAGUAUGACAGUCUUAGAUGAACUUCUUCCAAUUGCAGUAGAGAUGGCCAAGAGGAAUUUGAGAGGUAUUUAUAACUUUACAAAUCCUGGUGUUGUGAGCCACAACGAGAUCUUAGAGAUGUACAAGGAAUAUAUCAACCAAGACUUUAAGUGGAGUAACUUCACACUUGAAGAACAGGCUAAGGUAAUUGUUGCCGCUAGAAGCAACAACGAGAUGGAUGCGUCUAAAUUGAAGAAUGAGUUCCCUGAGUUAUUGUCAAUCAAGGACUCUCUGAUCAAGUAUGUUUUUGAACCCAACAAGAAGACAUCUGCUUGAUAUCUCACCGAUCUAUGGAUGUGUCUGCAUUUUGUAUUAGUUUGUACUUUGUAGGGGGUAGUUAUAUUGCCUAUAUCCUACCACAAGGCAUCCACUGUUUUUCAUCUUCAUCAGUUAGUUUUUCUGCUCAUUAUUCUCUAUUAUUCUGAUCAAGCCCUUGGAACUUAGAAUAAACUAGGUUAUUUCUGGUUGUUAUCAUUCCCUGUGUUUGUUAGUUAAUUCGGGGCUUGCUUAUUGUUUCUUUUAUUGGCAUGUAAGAAACCUUCAUUUAUAGAUUCUUUAUAUGUUUCCAUAUGAAUUUGAAAGCUUUUAGGGGUGGUGGUUUGUAAUUUACUUGAUUUUAAUUAAUAUGAUUCUGUAUUUUUCUUCUU